AUGGCUUCUUCCUCAUCUUUUGGUGCUUCUCAACCAAAGCGUGAUGUUUUUCUCAGCUUUAGAGGGGAAGAUACUCGUUGCACUUUUACAUGCCAUCUCUAUACUGCCUUGUGUCGACGUAAAAUCGCUACUUUCAUUGAUGAUGAGGAAAUUGAGAGAGGGGAUGAACUAUCACCAACACUUUUUUCAGCAAUAGAAAGCUCAAAGAUUUCCAUAACAAUUUUCUCAGAGAAUUAUGCUUAUUCUACAUGGUGUUUGGAUGAACUCGAGAGAAUCAUUGAAUGCAAGGAGAAAAAAGGACUUGUUGUAAUACCUGUUUUUUAUCGCAUCGAUCCAUCAGAUGUAAGACACCAGAGGGGAACUUAUGAAGUUGCAUUUACAAAACAUGAGAAAGAUUUUAGUAACAAUCUAAUCAAGGUACAGAAGUGGAGAACUGCCCUGCGUGAAGCAGCCAACUCAGCAGGAUGGGAUUCCUCAAAUAUUAGGUUGGAGUCUGAACUGGUUGAAAUGGUUGUUGGAGAUGUAUUACAAAAAUUGAAUCGUAUGAGCUCACAUGUUCCAAAUGGGCUCGUUGGAGUUACUGCACAUGUUGCACAUGUGGAAUUAUUGUUAUGCAAAGGGUCCUCUGGCGUACGAAUUAUUGGAAUUUGGGGCAUGGGUGGUAUAGGUAAGACAACCGUUGCAGAAGCUCUAUAUGCAAAACUCUCUUCUCAAUAUGAGGGAUGCUACUUUGUUGCCGACGUGAGAGAAGAAUGGAAAAAUCAUAGAGAAAAUGAUUUACGGAGUAAACUUCUGAGGGGGGUGUUAGGGGACCCAAAUUUGUGUAUUACCACUCCUAGUAUGACGUCCACUUUCGUUAUAGAAAGGCUCCAACGUAAAAAGCUCCUCAUCAUUCUUGAUGACGUGAGUGAUUCAAAACAAAUAAAAUAUCUUGUUGGAGAGAAAGAUUGGUUUGGACCUGGUAGUAGAAUCAUAGUGACGACUAGAAACAAAGAUGUGUUUAACCGAGGAGUUGAUGGAGUAUACCACAUGAUGGAGUUGAAUUUUCAUGAAGCGUUAAAGCUUUUUAGCCUGAAUGCCUUUCAACAAGACCAUCCAACGUUGGAAUAUACACACUUGUCAGAACGGGUUGUAAAUUAUGCUAAGGGCAUUCCGUUAGCUCUAAAAGUUCUGGGUUCAUCACUUCAUUCCAAACAACCAAGAGAAUGGGAAAAUGUGUUGGAUAAACUCAAGAAAAUCCCCCUAGCAGAAAUUUAUGAUGUGCUACGAUUGAGUUAUGAAGGGUUAGACCCCGAAGAGCAGAAUAUAUUUUUAGAUAUUGCAUGUUGUUUCAAAGGAGAGACAAGAGGCCAUAUAACAAGUCUAUUAGAUGGCUGUGGCUUUUCUACAGAUGUUGGGAUUAGAUGCCUUCAAGAUAAAUCUCUUAUAAAUGUUUCUAAGGACAACAAGGUACUGAUGCAUGAUUUGAUACAAGAAAUGGGUUGGCAAAUCGUCCGUGAAAAAUUUAUGAAUGAGCCUGGAAAACGAAGUCGAUUGUGGGAUCCUAAAGAAAUUUUUGAUGUCCUCAAUUAUAACAUGGGUACUGACUCUAUUGAAAGCAUAGUGUUGGACAUGUCUCAAAUCAAAGAUGUGACAAUAAACCCUAAAACUUUUCUCGGAAUGUACAAGCUAAGGCUUCUGAAGUUUUAUAUGCCCCCUUGGGAUAAGAGAAGCAAAGUGUAUAUUUCCAGAGGUCUUGAAUGUAUGCCUGAUAAAAUAACUUAUCUCCGAUGGGACUAUUUUCCAUUGAAAUCCUUGCCACCAUCGUUUUGUGCAGAGAAGCUUGUUGAACUUGAUCUAAGACAUAGCCUCAUUGAAAAACUUUGGGACGGAAAGCAGGAUCUUUCGAAUUUGAAGUCAUUAUACCUUAGUGAUUGCAAGCAUCUGAUUGAGCUCCCAGAUUUAUCUCUGUCUUCAAAACUUGAAGAAGUACAUCUCGAUGGUUGUUCAAGUUUGAUGAAAGUUCCUUCAUCCAUUUUGUCACUUGAUAGUCUGUUUCAACUAAAUCUGAGAGGCUGUAAACAACUUCGCUACAUUCAAAGUGAGAAGCAAUCUAGAUCUCUUCAAUGGCUUAAUCUCAGUGGGUGCUCGAGACUUGAAAAAUUUUCAGUGUCUUCAGAGAAAUUGAAAUACCUGAUCUUAAAUGCAACAGCAAUUAAAAAUUUACCUCCAACAUUUGACACGUCAUUGUCAAUCACAAAACUCUUCCUGGAUAAUUGUUCAAAGUUAUCAAAACUCCCUGGCAACCUUGGCCUCUUAUCAACAUUAAAUAAACUUUCAUUGAGAGGAAGCAACAUUGAGAACUUGCCUGAUAGCAUAAAAAAUCUUUCUCAGUUGAGAGCUCUCAAUGUAAGCAAUUGCAGGAGGCUUCGUUCCUUGCCAGAGCUUCCAUUCUUUUUACAGGACUUGAAUGCAAGUAAUUGUGUUUCCCUAGAAACAGUAUCAAAUUUAGGGAUCACACUGGUGCAAGAUUCUUUUGAUAGGCUGAAGAAGAGAUCGUUGCUCAGACAGAUUCAAGAAGAAGAAAAAAUGUCUAUUCGUCAUCGUAAAUAUUUGGGGAGGUUCGAGUUUUACAAUUGCAUAAAGUUGGACCAGAUUGCACGCAAGACUGUUAUGGAAGAGGCACUAAUUAGAAUUAAGCUCGCAGCCUACCUGUCAUCAAAGAUUGAAAAAAUUUGUGAUCCUUAUUUUCAAACUGAUGACCCUGAAGAUUUUAUAUAUGUUUCCCUUCCGGUUUAUAUUAUUCUACCGGGAAGUGAAGUGCCAAACUGGUUCAUACAUAAAAUAACAGACUCCUCAACUGUAAAACUUUUUGCACGGUGGUAUCAUUGUUGCAGUGACAUGGGCUUUGCUUUCUACCUUGUUCUAGGACCAAUGCACUCAAACGGGGAGAAAAAUCAUCAUAUUCGGUUUGAAGCAGGGUGUAGAUACUAUUUUGACGACAAAUAUGUUGGAACUUGCAUGAUAAAUUCUUCUUGCAAUAACGCUGAAUCGGAUCAGGUAUGGCUUUGGUAUGACAAAUUAAAAGUUGUAGAGGGAACAAGCGAUGAAAAUCCUCAGCAGGUCUCCUUUGAAUUUUUUGUUCUGCCUCAAAGUUCAGGACUUGUCGUGAAACAGUGUGGAGUUCGACCAUUGUAUGCUGCAGAUGUCAUCAUGCGAAGCUCAAAUGAACAAGAAGGUAACAGAGAAGAUAAGAGACCUUACAUUGAGUCUGAAACCUCUGGAAUUGAAAGUAAGUAUCAGUUUUCACGGCAGUAUGAUCUUCCUCUAUCAGGAUCAGAGAGACAGAGAAUUCCUGGGUAUCGCAGUGGACAAAGUGGGAUAUCCUUUUCAUCAGUUUAUCCUGCCAAUGUUUCUCAACUUAUAAUGAAACACGACCGUUUUCGUUAUGGAGAUGUAGUCUGUGUUGGUUUUAACAUUUAUGAUGACCACCACCAUCGUGCUGCUCUACGGUGUUUAGCACAAAUGCUUCUGGAUGACUAUUGUUAUUUAGGUAAACUCACAGACAAUAUCAACAUCUUAUCAUCGAUUGUAUGUUUGUCAAUAUAUCGUUGCAAUGUUGAGAGCUUGCCUGCAAGCAUCGAGCAUCUUUCAUGGCUGAAACAUAUUUCACUACGUGAGUGCAAGAGGCUUAGGUCUCUACCAAAGCUUCCAUUAUCACUUCAAUUUUUGGUUGCCGAUAAUUGCCCAUCUCUGGAGACAGUUGAGUUUGCUCAGGCGAAAAAGCUGACUUUUUUUGGAAAUUCAUACGAAGUGAAGAAAAUUUCUGGAAAUUUGAUAUAUGAAAAAGUAUCAAAGAUUGAACUUAUUGACCCAGAAACAAGAGUUACCAAUUGGACACUGUUAACGUCAUCAUAUGAUUCCAUAUUUGUUGGAUUCAAUGUUGCUUCACAUAUUGAGCUAUGGAAUGUAAAUUGGUUAUCAUGUGAACAAUUUCGGCUUCAAGACUGGGAGACUGAAAAUGCUACUCUUUUGCAUGCUGGGCGAUUAUUACACCAAUUCAGUGCUGAUGGAUAUACCUUGAUUGAAUCACCAACAUUUGCUAUGUACGGGGUACAGGCUGAUGCAGUGCUUCUAGCUUUACAGGCUAGAUUGAAGAGUGUUAUAACAUUGAAGGGAAAAGUAGAUGAGAAAGAAGAAGAAGCAAAAGCAAAGUCCAUGUGGGAUUGUGGAAGCCCAUUAUAUGACUCGUAUGAAUUGGUGUCCCUUGAUCAUCUUAUUGAUAGGCAUCUAAUGACACUCCCAUCUCUGCAUGGAUCAUAUGCUCUCUGUGAUAGCACAGAAAGUUGUGUCGACAAGCUCAAAAGUUGUGGGGCCGAAGUUUUGACUUUUGCAGCAAUGUUUUGA